CAAAUAAACGUUGGUUUAUCAAAGUCCGGCACUGCCUUUAAAUAAAUCUAUCUGGUCGGCUCGCAUGUUAUGUGUUGGAAAUCGAUUGUGCGGUAGGAUGAGUGAACCGGUAGUAACUGUGAAGCAAGGCAAAUUACGUGGCAAAGUGGACAAGGAUUUCGACGGAAGUACGUACUACACAUUUUUGGGAAUUCCAUUUGCGAAACCACCACUCGAAGAUCUAAGAUUCAAGCUGUACUCUGAUGCAAUGUUCGUAGCAGGCAUAACGGAGUUUAUCAAACUGGUGCUUGAGUCGUCGAAAAAUCCUGUCUUUUGUUAUCAAUUCGCAGUCGAAAGACAAUUUGCAGAUAUGUUGGGAAAAAUGGUCAACCUGAAAUUUGAACUCGGCAGAGGAACAUCUUAUGGUUCUGACAUACCAUACAUUUUGAUGGGUAAAGGCAACGUAGCGCAUGAACCGGCUGACAUAAAAAUCAUGAGAAAUAUUGUGGAAAUGUGGACUAAUUUCGCUAGGGACGGUACACCUACCCUUGACGGCUCGCCGGCUAAUUGGGAGGCAGCGAAGGAUCCGCAAAAUUUCAAAUGUCUCAAAAUUGACGAAGAGUUAACGCUGAUUGACAAUCCGUUUUCUCAGACCUCAGAACUAUGGGGAAAGUUAUUCGAAGAGUAUUAUCCACAACUUUGAAAAUGUCUUAUUAAUUGCCAUGUGUAGUAAAUGGAACAAAUCCACAAUUUUCUAAAAAGUUAGAGAUUAAACAAUCAAUUUUAUGAGUUGCCUUUGCUAAACAACAAUCAAUAUUCCUACAUCGAAAUACUUGAGACAACGGGAUAUUUCAAUGAAUUACUCUUUGCCUUGAUUUACAUGGUGAAAUUGUUUUUCGCUGAUAAGUAACGCUUUGCCAAUCGUUUCUCGUUUGGAUAACCGACAAAUACAUCGACUCUCCUCUACAAUAGGGGCAAUGGAAUAAGUACGUCGAGUUUAAUGUCAAUGUUGAAAUUAUUUCAAUAAAUAUUAACUUUCAUUUCAUCAUUGAAAGAAAUUGGUAUGUUGUAAUGAGCCUCGAGAUAAGAACAUUGAAAUAAAAAAAUCUUUUUGUUUCAUUUACUGUGAUGAACAUUUUUAUUUUACGAUUGCCCAAAUAAUAAAUCGAAAGAUUCCAAAGGUAAGUGCAGAAAAUGAAGUAUGUUAUGUUUAUCGUUCAAUUCCGAUGGCAUAUAAUCAAAUUAAUUUAAUUCGCUGGGGUUGUGGUCGUCAAAAUUAAACCCUAAUGUGUGUGUGACCUAAUGAUUAUACUUUUAGCGUUUUUGCAGAUGUCUCCUAAAAAAGCAACUAGUGACCAGUAUAAAAUGCUUAUAGACCUUAUUACAAAAGAAAAUUGCAUAUGAUUUGUUAAAGGCACCCUGAACAAAAAAAAAAAAAACAGGCAUGGGAACAAAUUCCCAAUGAUGGGAGGGGUUAUUAAGAAAACAGAAGGGUGGAAGGAGGUUGGGUAAUAAAUUAUAAGGAAAAAAGUUGUUUUGAGAUUAUCAUUUUAUAUUCCAGAUUCAGUUUACUGAAACGAAAAGGGCAACAGUGCAAACCUGUGCUUAUAAAAAUUUAAAAACAAAGAAUUUUGGAAAAAGAUGCAGAAAACAUUGUAUGAAAUCAUUAAUAUUUUGUAAUACAAUGUAAUUUGAUUGAUUUCCCAAAUUUUGUACCACAAAGCGAAAUUUAUUCGAAGAAGUUCAAGUGCGAUAGAAAACAAUCUCCAUAUUUUAAAUAAAGCAAUGCCAAAUCUUAUCACCAGUGUAUUAAAAUAAAAGAUUUUUAUAAAUAUAAAUUUAAUAAAAAUCAUAUGAAUUUUUAUUUAUGUGAUAUGUAAAUUAAAAUUUAUCAUAUCAUUAUAUCAUUUAUAAUUAAAAUGGGUCGGUAAUUCAUUAUUCAAAAACAGUAAUUUUCCACUACUCUAUUUCUAUUCGGUUUAAGUAAUCUUCCACCAACCAAAUUUUCAUAAUCUUCUUGGUCAUCGUAAUCUUCUAAAAACAUAAUGGAUAAUAAAAAAAAUUUUCAACAUAAAAUUUUCUAAUCAAUCAAUGCACAAGAGUAAAUAAUUUUGCUGCUCUUUAUGAUUACUAAUUAAUGAUCUUAAAAUGAAAAAUUAAGCUUCCCUAAUAAGUACGUCGUCUGCCAAGUUUUGAUUAGUUUUUUUCCAUAAAAUAAUUUUCAGGAUGACUUCUUAUUCUUGAAGUCUGCCAUAUUGGAGAAUAAUGGACAGAUCUUGUUUGUUGCUUUCUAUUCGAACUUAAACUAGAAUAUUGUUUCCUACAAUAAGACAUAACUCCAGGCAUUUCAGGGUUUUCAAUUUAUUGAACAAUUAUGACUAUGCGAGUUUCAUCAAUACGUCUUAUUACACUAGGAAAACUAUCCAUUUCCAAUAUUCCAAUAUUUUAUGGACAGUUACUUACAAUUGCUUCUGGCGGUUCUUCUGUUAUUCUGACCAACCCCAACUAUAAGGUCUGACAAACAUCGGCUGAUAGAAGUCUGAUGCAUGCUUGUUAAAAGUCUUGCCCAAUCCUUUUGGUACGAUACAAAAAAUUUAGUGACACGAAAAACUAAAAUAUUUAAAAAUUAUUAUUUCAAGGUUUGUUCUUCAUAUUUAUUCACCCUUAGAAUCUAGGAAUAGCUGUUGUCCUUUCGGCAUCUUUCAUGUGAGGUCCAAUUUGACAAAGUAGUCCAACUUUCUGGACAUUCUAUAAAGAGUUUUAAAGCUAGUUUCUGGUAGUAAUAAUAGAUCACUUCGGUCUCUGAGCUGUCUUCGUUGUAAAUUUAAAUCACACCUAUAAAAAAAUUAAUUGUUUUUUUUUCUAUAACUUUGGAGGGUUAUAAAAAGUAAAUUGCAAAAAAAAAAUCAUAACGUAUUACUAGAUAUUUUUAGUUUAAAAAAACUAUCUAAUUUAACACCUACCCUUAAAUUUUAUUUUGAAGCAGUAAUAAAAAAUUAUAUUUAGGUUCUUUUUUCAUUGAUAUUGACAUUUUUUCAACCUUGACUUAGUGCAUACCUAUUAUUGAAAUUUGCAAGGUCACUUGAAAUCUUUCAAUUUCUUUAAAUGUCUUUUUGCAAUUAUUGAUUUGGGGUGUCUUCCUGCAUACCAAAUUUUAAGGUUUAUUGAAAUUUCUGUCAAAUUUCAACAUUGACACCACAAGUCAAAGUACUUAGGACUGAAUGUCAUUUUUCUCUCAACAAUUUCAACAAAUAAUUUUCGUUCGGAGGAAGAAAGAAAAAACAUAAGAUUGCGUUGCGUUGGUUGGUUUGAGGUCAUUAUGUCAUAGGCCUAAUAAAUAAAAAUAAAACUUAAGUAUUCUAUGUAAGAUUUAGUUGGUUUAUUGUGUACGUAGUUUCUAUUAUACGUUUUUCUUUGUCAAUCCCUCCAUCCUAUGCCCGAAAAGACUAGUCAAGAUGUUUAAUAUUUUAUUAGGAGGUCAAAUAAAAAUAUAUUUGUUUUAAAUUCCUUCAAGUGGCAAAGGGAUUCAUUUUCAGCAAAAUUUAUAGUGUAUUCAAAAAGAAAAACAAAAUCCCGUAAAGGAUUUACCCACUCCGUUUUCCAUUUAUGCAGACGCGGGAGUCGUCAAUCCAAAGGAUUUAGAUUAAGACAGAGAUGAGAUCGGAAUCGACACUAAAUUUAAGGAAUUCCCGUGACUAUUAAUCAUUUGAAGUAAAUCGGCUUCUUACAUUGUUUGAUUGCAAUCGCCGGAUCUGUCGUAAAGCUUACCGAAAGCAGUCAAAUUUUUUGUUCGCCUGUGCCUUGGAAGUGCCGAAUAUAAAUUUAAGAAUUUAUAGCAACUUGCAAAAUUGGAAACUAACCAAAACUAAGGUUUACAAUAAAAUGAUCUAUUAUGACUUGUUUGCCGAAUAAUUCGAUAUAAUAUUAUAAUGAGUGUUUUUUUUUUCGAUGUAUAGAACUUUAAGUUGCAAUAAAACAACGAUGGAUUAUUCGAUUGACAUGAAUUUUAUUUGUCCGAAAGAUAAUCUUGUGGCAUUACAUUUUAAAUAUGAUUUCUGGCAUAUGACCGCCAUGGCUGGCGCGGAUGUAGCCCAAUCUGGACGUCCAAUUUUUGAUGACUGUUUCCAACAUUUGUGGCCGUACAUCGGCAAUAACACGGCGAAUGUUGUCUUCCAAAUGGUCAAGCGUUUGUGGCUUAUCCGCAUAGACCAAUGAUUUUACAUAGCCCCACGGAAAGUAGUCUAGCGGUGUUAAAUCACAAGAUCUUGGAGGCCAAUUCACAGGUCCAAAACGUGAAAUUAGGCGGUCACCAAACGUGUCUUUCAAUAAAUCGAUUGUGGCACGAGCUGUGUGACAUGUUGCGCCUCUUAUUGAAACCACAUUUCCUGGACAUCAUGGUUAUUCAAUUCAGGAAUGAAAGAGUUAGUAGUCAUAGCUCUAUACCGAUCAACAUUGACUGUAACGUUCUGCCCAUCAUCAUUUUUGAAGAAGUACGGACCAAUGAUUAUACCAGCCCAUAAAGCGCACCAAACAGUCAGUUUUUCUGGAUGUAACGGUGUUUCGACAUACACUUGAGGAUUAGCUUCGCUCCAAAUGCGGCAGUUUUGUUUGUUGACGUAGCCAUUCAACCAGAAGUGCGCUUCAUCGCUAAAAAAAAUUCGCUUAUGAAAAUCGGGAACAACGGCAAUCUCGUUUUGCACUAUUUGCAAGCGUUGUUCAGGCGUGAGUCUAUUCAUGAUGAAUUUCCAAACCAAACUGAGAAUAAAUCACUUGACAGCUGUUAAAUCGGUCGCCAUCUUGAACAGUAAUGCCAACUUAAGAUUCUAUACAUCGA